CAGCUGUAAAAAAGAAAGGAGCAAAAUCGUCAAGAGAAAAAAAAAGAGAGAGAAACCCGUUGCCUCCUUCCCACAAACCCCCAAAACCCUCGUCCCCUCGUCGGCGGCGGCUAGGAAGAAGGGGAAAGGAAAGGAGAAGAAGCCGCCGCCGUCGCCGCCGCCAGCCGCGGAUGCAGCUAGUGUUGGUGCCUCGUCUACCCCUGCUCACCGAACCCACCGUAAGCAGACUGGCGUGGUACGGGCUCAAAACCCGGCGAAGGCGUCGCCUGCAGAUUCCGGUGCCAAGCUUGCACCGAGCCCGACGGACUCCACUGCAUACCCAGGCGUCCUCACCGACGAGGCCGGCUCCCCGCAUCCUUCUUCAGGACCCAAUCUCGACACCUCGCCUGCGACCAAGUUGAAGAAUGCUGGCUUGGUGCCUUGUGGGCUCGGAUCCACCUCCUCGCGUCAAGGCGUCGCAGUCAAUGGAUGAUCCACCCAACACCACCGCCAAGAAGGAACCGACGCCAGACCUGCACAAGGACCCCUAUCCUGUUCUUUCUGACCAGGAUAGGGCUAUCAUCUCCUGGCCAACACUUCAGGAAAGUUCAAGCGUCCGAGGGAAGGUACCUGCCUCCCAAGACCUCAAACAGUUCCUACAUGCGGUGAAGUCCUCUGCUGCGGCGGAUGCUACCCCGCCGUCUGCAAAAGCCACUUCACCAGCUGACAGGAUAGGAGAUGUUACGGAAAGGAAGUCAUAUGUCGGAGCUUGUGCCGCUGGAAUCCCUAAACUGGCUGAGGACUACAAAACAGAUGAAGAGCUCACUGCAGAGUAUCUUCACUUCUUGCGAAGUUUUAAAUGCAAAGAGGAAUACAAAUCAACAAGUGAUGUUAUGGUUGUGGAAGACGAAGUUGAGUUCUAUAUAUCAAAUAUUUCCUCCAUGAAGGAACGCAGAAACUUCACCCUUGAAGUGCAUUUUAAACACAUGAAAAUGCACAAUAGGGAGUGGGCCUUUUCUUGUUGUAAUCGCUUGGAGUACCUGAAGCCUCUCUUCAUUCAAGCAACGGAAAAUUUCUUAAUUGAACAAAACGUUUCAGACAAUGAAGAUCUUAUCCGCAUGAGAACUAAAUUAAACUUCAUCGGGAUGCCAAACAGCAUUGAGACUAUUGAUGACUAUAUCAAAGGCAAAGAGUUAGUCAAAUACAAAAGGCUUUUUGCAGAAGAUGCUGACGAGAAGAACAAGACUGAUGUUGUGAUCCUCACAGCUGUUGGAAGGAUGAUAUUUCUCAGACUUUUGUCACUUCUCCUUGACUUACAUGAGCGCAACAUGACACUGGCAGGCGGUUUUAGUUUAGAGCAUAUUGUUGUGAUUGAUGGAGUGUGCAGCAUUUUGCUUAACCCUAAGUUAGCAACUCCUGAUGACAGGGCAAAAGACCUCCGCUGCCUUGAGAAAAUCCUUACUCCAUACUACCAAUGCAAGGUGGAAGAAAAAGGAAGUAAGGUAAUGCUGCCAUUGUACUUUAAGGACCUCCAAAAAAAUCUCAAGACUGCUGAUGACGCUAUGGUGAAAGAGAAGUGGUUCAGGGAUUACCUGAGGUUUCAUGCGGCUAUUAUGCCUUCAAGGGGAAGAAGAAAUCUUAUCCUGGGUAUUACCAAAGUAAUCCGGAAGUUUGAGCAGGCGGUAGCUGGAUCAUCAUUUUGGACUGCAUUGCAACACCCACCACCAGUUUGUCUAAAUUGGAGACGAGAUGCUGAAUUAUCCAAAUGUAAGAUUAUUUCUGGGGUAUAUCAUCACAAAUCGGAGAGCAAAUAUGAAGGAAAGCAAGGUGAAGAAAAAUCAGUGGACCAGAGUGGAGAACAAUCAGAUUAUAAGCCUAAUGGCACAGCUCUGGAACUGUUAAUUUUCACCCACGAGCAUGGUGAUGAAUAUGUGGAAAUUUCUGACCAUGAUGAGAUAGAACUUUAUCAGGCACACCAACUCUGUCAUUUCCUGCCGUGGCUUUUGAGGAGGAUGCUGAGUAAUUGUAAUAUGAUGAAGCAUUUUGGUAGUACAUGGUCCAACUAUAGGUCUUCAAGGUAUGACGAUUGGGAUGGCUAUUGACUGAGUGAGAAGGAUCAUUUUGCUGACAGAUCGAGUUGUAUAGGGACACCGACUGUUUAUGGGGAAGGAAGGUUGUAAUAACAAGGGGACUUCCAAGGAUGAUGGUUGUGGUUGGAAACUUAGUUUGACGAGACGUCAAAUCUUAAAUUCUGUACAUUCUUCUUGCGUAGUUUCAAGUAGGUGGAUUUUCACAUUCGUCGGCGCUGCAUUGAGACAUUAAUCUGCGAAGGCUGAUGCUCUCUCCUGGUAGUGGUAGGCACCAGGCCACCAGCAGCACCAGGGAUUCGAGUUCAUCCCCAAAAUUUACACCAAUAUUGCCUCAAGUAAUGUUAUUAACACGGUGAUUCAAGUUCAUCCCCAAAAUUUGCACUUGAUUUCCUCGACAUACCACGCACAUCUACCAUUACGUAUGUUUUAUCUGAUGAUCUUUUGCUUACUGAUUGACAAGUAUUAUUAUUGACUGCCUGGCGCGUGAUGACUGUUUCUCAAUGACUCAGCUGUUACUUCAUGCGUUUGUAAGUUAUUUCCCACUUAUCAGAGACGACAUAUAUAGGGAAUUGGUGUACUACGACAGUACCUUACCUACAAACGAGUAUUGAAGCAUUAUUGCUAGAUGGUCAGACGCUUCAGGGAAUUGGCAAUAAUGCCUAUGUUUAGUCU